AUGUCUCACUCAUUCAGGCCGCCAUUGGGCGCUCGAGCAACAUCCGAUAUGGCACCUCUCGUCAAUGCUGAACCAAAUUCUUCCAAAGGUGAAAUCGCUAGGGGCUCACACGUCGUUCACGGGGGAAUUCGUGUGACUUCUGGCACAAGAACUGCUUUAGGAGGAGUUGCUCCUUUUUCACCUUUCUUGCCAUUGCCGCCAGCACCAACGGCUGAAGAACUUCGUCGUCAAUGCAGCCAAGACGGAAAUCAAUCUUCGAAUGGUUCAAAGAUGAUUAAUCAAAUGAUCUCAUUGGAACAAAAGCAAGCGGAGAUGGAAGAUGCAUCAUCACAUUGGUUGCAACCUCCAGAAAUCUAUCAACGUCGUGCUUCGAGCCAUGAUAUUAAUGAAAUGCCAAAGCCAGCCGUUGUUGAAACCCGCAAACCAACGCCUAAUCCAGCCGCAUUCAUGAUCCGAAGCUACUCCAUGCCAGUCGCAACCCAAAAGGACUUUGAUGCACAACAAAGAGCUGCACGCCUUCAACGUAAGCAACGAUCCAACCUGGGCUACACACCCGCUUGGUCCAUGUCAAGAACUGAUAGCGCUAAUGGCGAUUCUGAGCGAUUACCAUUGCGUACCGUUCAGGCCAGCGAGAUGAAUGCUAUCUCGCUCACAAGGACCGUCAGUCGAAGUGCCAAUGCUGAUCAUCAUAGUCAAAUGUCCAGAUGGGAAACUAGCAAUGAAUCAAGCAGUCCAGCGGAUUCAGGAACAACGUCUUGUUCUGAUGAAACCGAUGUUGCAACUCCAAGAGCAAUUACGCCACUAAAUGAAAGUGCUUCCUUCUUUGACAUCAAACAUCAAGAUGAUCCAACGCAAGCAAUGGGAGAUUUACACAUUCAUCCUGAUCAUCUUCAGCCUCCUCCAUUCUUGCUCACUUCAUCAUGA